AUGAUAGAAGAUUACGUGAGAAAGUGUCAGGUUACCAACGAGGAGCGACUGUGCCGAGGAGACGGCAGUGGCUUCGCUGGAACAAGGGACAUCAGAGCUGUCCUCAGUGAACCUGUGGCCCAUCGCCCAGGGAUAGCUGAGAGUCAGAUACAAGCAAGCAUGCCCCUGGGGAAAAAAGUGCGGCCAAAUUCUGCCGCAGGGAAGUUGGAAACGUCUGCCAUAAGCAGCAUUUUUCAUGACAUCAGAUCUGACACAGUCAAGCUUACAAUACCCAGAAUUAAAUCUUCACAAGCACUUGCAAAGACAUCAAUUCCAGGAACCAGGCGGGGCCUGACUCCCAUUGGGUGGUGUUCACAGGCUGAACAAGAGGAGCAUCCAGAGUGGUUAGAGUGGGAGCUAAUUAAACAGCAUAACAGAAGGCACUCUUUGGGACUUGUCCAGAAUGUGGCAACAAGCGACAAUAUUCGAAAGUUUGGGGACACACUAAAAAGCUUGAGAAAGGGCAAGAUUGAACAGCAAGUCUCCCUGGAACAUCUGAAGAGUAUCCAGGCUGCCUUUGAGGAGUUUGAAAAUGCUGGAAGGAAAUACUUGGACAUGGAGGCUUUCAAGAAAAUAAUGAAAAAAUGCCUGGGAUUCCAUGGAGUACAUGAUCAAAUCGGAGAACUCUUCAGAAAGAUUGAUUAUUCUGCAAGUGGUCAGAUUGAUUGGGAUGAAUUCUGCACCUACAUGCAACUGAAGUAUAAGGAGAUUGAAGAAUCCAACUCACGAUCAAAACAUAUCUCAUUUGCCCUUCCUGCGACGAUCAGAGAGUUUUCUCAUUCAGAGCAGAUCCUGCGUAUUUGCUACACUUCUGACGAUACCUUCAUCAUGAUGCGAGAGGAUGGAAAUAUUUCCUUCUGGUCAGCUGAGCUAAAGCUGAAACGGAGCAGGACACUCUUUGAGAGGCCCAUUGGCCGAAAACCUAAAUGGAUAACUGACUUCACCAUUAUGUCUCAAUACAACAAGUUCAUCCUGAGUACUGGAGAUCGGGAAAUUCAGAUUUAUGAGCUGUCUACCUUGGAGCCAUAUUGUCAGAUCACUGGUUUGGAAACUGGACCAUUACAGCUUGACUACUGCUCAACAGGUGAAGAUGACUGUAUGAUCCUGUACGGAGAUGAUCAGGGCUGUGUAAAUAUUUUGCUUCUUACAUCAGUAGGGGAGACAUUGAGAACAUGGAAGAAGUGGCCCAAGGUGGAUAACUUACCUACAAUCAGCAUAGAAAACUCUUUCCUGUCACCAAAUGUCACCUGCAUUCGAUGGAAGGUACAUGAAGACUGGGUUACACAGAUGAAAUAUUAUGAUGCAAUUGGGUCAAUUAUUUCUUCCUCAAAUCAUGAAGCUACAGCUUUGGUAAUAGGUUGCACUACUGGAACCACUAACUUGGAAAAACAGAUGAAAGAAUUGAAGGAAUGCUGGAAAGAGGGAAAAGGCACAAAGAGUCAUAGUGCUCCUGGCAUUCCUCAGAAAAGGCUUGAGUGUGAUCAGUCUGUAUUCCGUAUUCACAAAGGUGUAAAAACAUUUGACUUCUGUAAGAAGAACAAUCUGCUUGUAACGGGUGGAAUUGACAGGAUUGUGCGUAUGUGGAACCCCUAUGUUCCUGGGAAACCUACUGGCUUGUUGAGAGGCCAUUGUGCUCCAAUCUUCUCUCUGUACAUCUCCACUGAUGACAAUAAGCUGUUUUCUGUCUCCACUGACAACACAGUGAAGAUCUGGGAUAUUGAGGACCAAAGUUGCUUGUACACAGCCAAUUCAAAAGCCAGUCGAAUUAAAGGAGAUGUAUCUGCAUGUCACUAUGUCCCAGGUCUCAAAGGACUUUGCAUCGCUGCAGAAGGUGUUGCGCUGCUCCAUCUAAGGAUACAACCUCAGGCCAAACCAGACCACAUCUGUUCCCAUAAUGAGCCAGCUCUCUGCUGUAAAUAUAGUCAUGAGUUCCGGCAGGUUGUCACUUGUUCAGAAGGAUCUGUGGUCAAAGUCUGGGACCUUUAUACAGGAAAGCUUAUAUUUGAAUUUAGUGGAGCUCAUGGUGAUUCUGCUAUUUGCUGCAUGACGUUUGAUGAAAGUGGAAGGAGACUUAUUACAGGAGGAAGAGAUGGAUGUUUGAAGAUCUGGAAUCAUAAUAAUGGCCACUGUUUAAGAAUAUUAAGGAAAGAGGGCAGAUGUGAUGAAAUCUGUGACUGCAUCUAUGUGGAGAUGCAUAAAAAUAAAUAUGUGCUCGCUGUCGGAUGGGACAGAAGAAUAAGUAUAUACUGUGAUUCCUUUGGUGACCAUCAUCAUACACAGCCUCCUGAGCCACAUUGGCAGGAUGAUCUGAAACGAGGACACAAGGACGAUGUUUUAUGUAUAGCCCAAUGUCCUCCCACUCUGCUUGCCACCUCCAGCUAUGAUGGAGAAAUAAUAGUGUGGAACAUGAUCUCAGGACAUAUCUAUUGUCAUCUACAGAUUCCCCCAACAACAGCGUGCAGGGAUGGAGGAGCAGCAGAUAAGAGUGUAAAUAAAGUCAUAUUCUUGAAGACACGCGUACUGAAGGCUGAAUUAGGAGCUUCGCUUGUUGCUACUGGAUCCCAAGGUUCACUUGCAUUCUGGAAUCUGUUUCAUGGUGGACAACUGUUUAGUAUUUUUACUGCAUCCAAAGUGAAAUCUCAGAUAAGCAGCCUGGCUGUGUCGAAUGAUGACUGUUUGCUUUAUGCAGCAGAUUAUGUUGGAUAUAUUUAUGUGUAUGGUAUGAAGGAUUUUGCAGUUCAUGGACCAGAAGUAGAUCCACCAAAACUUACUAACUACUGGAGGGCUCAUAUCAGUGCUGUUACUUGCAUGGAGCUAAUAGAAGAACAGAAGGUGAUGGUGACCUCUUCUGUUGAGGGUACUGUCCGACUGUGGAGCAUGGAUGGGGAGUUUAUUGGUACAUUUGGGCAGCCAGAGCCCUGGGAAAUCCAUGCACCAGCAUCAUGGAAGCACCCAAUGGUUCCCUAUGAAAUUCUGAUUGACCCACUCAGCAUGCCCAUUCACCCAGUGCUGGAGGAAGAAAUGUCUUUCAUACAGCUCAGCAACUUUGAAAAAAAUGAAGAAACCAUAGACAAUACGGAAUCAAAGGAUCUUCAGCACAGAUCACCAAAGUCAAUCAUUUCUGAUGAUGCUGUUAAAGAAGAAAUAAGAAAGAAGACCUUCCAGAACAAUCUUGGUAAAAGACUUCGACAUGAAAGAUAUCAGAGCUUGAAUAAACCAGUAAACCAUGGAGGGCCUGUUGCUUACCAUACCCUGAAGUGUUUUGAAAUUGCUAAUGCCCCAAAUAAGUGUGAAAAGCCAGACUUAUCAGCAGCAGGCACAGAUCCAUAUGCCACCCUUUUCUUUCAAGAAAGUACCUGUAAGCCUGUGUCUGAGGAAUUGUGUUAGCUAUGUGAGUUUUUCUGCAUCUUGUUUGUUAUCAAAGCUAUAGUUGCUGUGUGCAAUUAUGAAGUGUUAGCUGUUCAAGAGAUGUGUACCCUAGACCCAGAUGACUGUUUAUUGGCUAUUCUGCAGUUUCCCCUCAUCUCCCUAAGCCUAUUCUGUUCUUAUUUCUCCUCCUCCCUUUUGCAAUUUCCACCUCCUUGUUAACCAUACUCAGCAUUAUUGUGUUACCAAUCCUUCCAGUGCUGUUAUAUCAGCUCAACUCCUUCCUGGAUAUACUCACAUGACUCCCCUUGGCUGAAUUCUAGUAUCCUUCGCUAGACCUACCAUGGCAAUGUCGACUGGCUCAUAACUGUUUCUCAGUGUACUUUUAACUUAAUUGUUAAAUCUUAACUUCUAAUACACUUUUCCACUCCCCUACAUUUCUCAGUCCUGCUCUCCAAUGGGUCUCCAACCUCUAUCCAUCCUGGUGCUUUACAAAAUGUUUUCCACCUUGCAUACUCCAGAUCAGUCAGCUGACUCUCCUUGCUGCAUAACUCACUGACAUAAUGUUACCUGAAACUGUAAUGCUUUAUUGGUAUUGCUAACUGCUGUUACACAAACUCCAAUACACCCCAAACACUUCUACCUAUAUAUUGUCCUGUUUUAGGCCCCACUUAUCUAUUACCUUUCUCCAAUCUUCAUUGCAUCUUUGUAUUCAAUGCAGUAUAUUAAUAAAACUUGUAUUUUGUUUUACAAAUCAUCUAUCAUCUCAUCCCUUCCUAGACCUGCAACUUUUUUUUUCAGCCUGUAAUUUACCUUCCUCUGAUUCUUCCACAUAUAUCCUACCAUUUGCCAUUACUAUUCAUGGCCACGUCUCCAACUAUUUUGGCUCCACUAUAGAAUCAUCUAAUAAUUACAUCCAAGGGACCACUUAGCAUAUUGUGUCAUUGUGUGUGUUUAAGAACAAUUCAGCGUAUGCACUCUUAUCCAGUAGCUCCAUGAUUUUCACUUCCAGAUAAUUAUCCAAUUCCCCUUUGAUAGCAACAAUUGACUCUGUGUCCACCCUUCAGUGCAUUUCAGAUCCAAACCACAUGCUGCAUGAAACAUUUUUUGCCUCAUCUAGCAUUUGAUUGUUUUGCAAUUCUCACAAAAUUGUGCCAUCUGAUUCUAUACAUUUCUGUCAAUGGAAACCCACUGUUGGCACUCAAGUGCAUUAUAAUUCAGUACAUUUACAGGUACAGUAAUUGCUAAGUGUUGACCUCUUUAGCAUUCUUUCUAUCCCAUUAUUCUUCCGAUCUAUUCAGUUGGAUUAAUGAUUUUGAAAAUGUUUCAAAUCUCUUUUCAACAUUUUCUAACAAAAAUGGCCCUAGUUUCUUCAUUCUAUUCACCCUAUCCUAAUGUGUGAAUGGUGUAAUAUGGUGUCCAAGACCAGUAGAAUAGCCCUGUUGAGGUUGAAUCAGUGUUUUAGAUUAGAUUCCCUACAGUGUGGAAACAGGCCCUUUGGCCCAACCAGUCCACACUGCCCCUUGGAGCAUCCCAGCCAGGCCCAUCCCCAUAACCGACACCCCCCUGAACACCACAGGCAAUUUAGCAUGGCCUAUCCACCGAGCCUGCACAUCUUUGGACUGUGGGAGGAAACUGGAGCACCUGGAGGAAACCCACGCAGACACAGGGAGAAUGUGCAAACUCCACACAGACAGUUGCCUGAGGCUGGAAUUGGGUCCUUGGUGCUGAGCCACCAUGCUGCCCCUUUUAUGAGGGUUCAGCAUGACUUCCUUAUUUUUGUACCUCUAUUUGUAAGGAAAGCCAGAAUAUUUCCUUUAAACUUCGUAAGGUUUUUAUUCCCACUUUAAGUUUCCUCAGAACAUAUUCUUUUGACAAUACAAUCAGCCCGUGGUCUAUUUUUGCUUAUGUUCAUCCUUCUUUAAAUGAAUCAGCUGGAAUAAUUUGUUACAGUUACAUUAUUAUGAAUGCAAGUUCUUGUUGUGUUGUUGACUUCUGCUCGUCCAUUACUCAAACCUGUUUAUGUUUCAUCUUUCAGGCGCCAGUUUAGUUUGUCCAAUCAUGAUCGCUUUAUUGUUAGGACACACUCAAAUGUGUUCAUAAAUUAUGUUAUACAAGAUUGUACAAAGAUGUAAGAGCUUCAAUUUUUUUGUAAUAUGAUGGAAACAGAUUAUGGAUAUUAUGGAAACAUUAAUUAAUUCAUUCUGAUCACACAAACUGACCUUGACAACUGUGCUUCUUGGCAGUUCAGGCCCUGGUGAAACAUUUUGUUCACAUCAGUGAUGAAGUAGCCGGUGGAGUACAAUUUUCAUUGCUAUGUUUUGGCUAGUAGGCUCAGUAACUGACAUUUUGGUGGUUUUGCUGCUGAUUCCUGAGCCUUCCUUACUCAGUAUUUUUUAAUUGAGUUCUUCUCACACAUUUAUCAAAAAAUUUUCUUUAAAUGUGCUCAAUACUCUGAAUGAUAUUUUCUGAUCUAGUUUGAGCAAGAUUCGGAGAAAACCAGUUCAACUCUUACACCUCUGAAAUUAGCACAACUUUGACAUCGUUUUUGGUUUAAUUUGAAGGAUACAGGAUAAUGAAGUUAAUUUGCCUGUGAGAUGAGAUUGUCUUCAUUCUUCAAAUAACAUCCUACACACAUCAGAAAUCCUUCCUAAUCAUCCACUUUGGUGCAGUUCCGAGUUCUUUCUAUAUGUAAAACUGGAAGAUGAUGGUCUUCCACUGAUAUCAUGGCUCACAAAUGUGGCGGAUUGCUGAAGCACAGGAAUUCUCUGGAAGCAGUCAUAACUGGGCAGGUUCCUACAGUGUGACAGGUGUUAACAGUUCUGCAUUAAACUGGAGUUUUGUCUGCUUUGUUUUUAGGGAAUAUGGUUUUCUAUGUAUACAAUAAUAACUGCAAUUUGGACAAACUUAAAGUACAGUGUGUAUUGAUUACUUACUUGAUUCUCAUAUUUGUUUUUCUUAAGAGCAAUUGCAAAAUACAUAGAAAUGAUGGGAAUUCAGUUCAACUUGUUUUUUGAUGCUUCUUGU